AGCGCAGCGGAGCCCGCCGCCCGGGACAUGGCCAAGGCGGGCGGCGCAGGUGGCCCUUCCCCAGGUGGCGGUGCCCCCUGGCACCUUCGGAAUGUCCUUAGCGAUUCAGUGGAGAGCUCAGAUGAAGAAUUCUUUGAUGCUAGAGAGGAGAUGGCAGAAGGGAAGAAUGCCAUCCUCAUCGGAAUGAGCCAGUGGAAUUCAAAUGACCUCGUGGAACAGAUUGAGACCAUGGGAAAGCUAGAUGAGCCUCAAGGAGAAGGGGCCACACCGUGCACUUCAAGCAUCCUCCAGGAGAAGCAGCGAGAACUGUACCGGGUAUCCUUGAGAAGACAGAGAUUCCCAGCCCAGGGAAGCAUCGAGAUCCAUGAGGACAGUGAGGAAGGCUGCGCUCAGCGCUCCUGUAAGACACAUGUGCUCCUGCUGGUGCUGCACGGUGGCAACAUCCUGGACACAGGCUCAGGGGACCCCUCCUGCAAGGCGGCCGACAUCCACACCUUCAGCUCUGUCCUGGAGAAGGUCAUGCGUGCCCACUUCCCCGCUGCCCUGGGCCACAUCCUCAUCAAGUUCGUCCCCUGUCCUGCCAUCUGCUCUGAGGCGUUCUCACUCGUCUCUAACCUGAACCCUUAUAGCCACGAUGAGGGCUGCCUGAGCAACAGCCAGGACCACGUCCCUCUGGCUGCCCUGCCCCUGCUCGCCAUCUCUUCUCCCCAGUACCAGGACGCUGUCGCGAUGGUCAUCGAGCGAGCCAACCAGGUCUACAGCGAGUUCCUCAAGUCUGCUGAUGGGAUUGGAUUCAGUGGGCAGGUGUGUCUCAUCGGAGACUGUGUGGGUGGCCUCCUGGCCUUUGAUGCCAUCUGCUACAGUGCAGGGCCCUCAGGUGACAGCCCAGGCAGCAGCAGCCGGAAAGGGAGCAUCAGCAGUACCCAGGACACCCCAGUGGUGGUGGAGGAAGACUGCAGCCUGGCCAGCAGCAAGCGGCUCAGCAAGAGCAACAUUGACAUCUCCAGUGGGGUAGAAGAUGAGGAGCCUAAGAGGCCGUUGCCACGGAAACAGAGCGACUCCUCUACCUAUGACUGUGAGGCCAUCACCCAGCAUCAUGCCUUCCUCUCAAGCAUCCACUCCAGUGUGCUCAAGGACGAGGUCGAGCUCUCUACAGCCGGGGGGCCGCCACUCCCCGAGGUCAGCCUGGGCCGCUUUGACUUUGAUGUGUCUGACUUCUUCCUCUUCGGCUCACCCUUGGGCCUGGUCCUGGCCAUGCGCAGGACGGUGCUGCCCGGGCUGGAUGGUUUCCAGAUGCGUCCUGCCUGCAGCCAGGUCUACAGCUUCUUCCAUUGCGCAGACCCCUCUGCCUCACGGCUUGAGCCUCUGUUGGAGCCCAGGUUCCACCUGGUGCCCCCCGUCAGUGUGCCCCGCUACCAGAGGUUCCCCCUGGGUGAUGGACACUCUCUCCUCUUGGCUGAUGCCCUGCACACUCACAGCCCCCUGUUCCUGGAGGGUGGCUCCCAGGGCAGCCCCCCGCUUCUGGAUGCCUCUGCUUCACUCCCUCAAGCCCCAAGGUUUGAGCGUGCAGGACGCAGGAUGAGCGAGGGCAGCUCCCCCAGUGACAGCUCUGAGUCCUUGGACAGCCUGGCGCCUGUGGGUGCCUCCCGCAUCAGAGCCAAGUGGUGGGGAACCAAGCGGAUCGACUAUGCUCUCUACUGCCCUGAUGUCCUCACUGCCUUCCCCACCGUGGCCCUGCCCCAUCUCUUCCACGCCAGCUACUGGGAGUCCACAGACGUGGUUGCCUUCAUCUUGAGACAGGUGAUGCGCUACGAGAGCGUGAGCAUCAAGGAGAACGCUGGCCUGGACUCUGCGGCGCUGAGCCCCAGCAACCCCCGCGAGAAGUGGCUUCGCAAGCGGACCCAGGUCAAACUGCGGAAUGUCACUGCUAAUCACCGGGCCAAUGAUGUGAUUGCUGCUGAAGAUGGCCCCCAGGUCCUGGUGGGACGCUUCAUGUAUGGGCCUCUUGACAUGGUAGCUCUGACUGGAGAGAAGGUGGACAUCCUGGUGAUGGCAGAGCCCUCCUCAGGCCGCUGGGUGCACCUGGACACAGAGAUCACCAACAACAGCGGGAGGAUCACCUACAACGUGCCCCGGCCCCGGCGCUUGGGGAUUGGUGUCUACCCCGUGAAGAUGGUUGUCAGGGGUGACCAGACCUGUGCGAUGAGCUACCUCACAGUGCUGCCCAGGGGCAUGGAGUGUGUGGUGUUCAGCAUCGAUGGGUCCUUUGCAGCCAGCGUGUCCAUCAUGGGCAGCGAUCCCAAGGUCCGGCCAGGUGCAGUGGAUGUGGUGCGGCACUGGCAAGACCUGGGAUACAUGAUCCUCUACAUCACGGGGCGGCCGGACAUGCAGAAGCAGCGGGUGGUGUCGUGGCUGUCCCAGCACAACUUUCCACAGGGCAUGAUCUUCUUCUCGGACGGGCUGGUGCACGACCCACUGCGGCAGAAGGCCAUCUUUCUCCGCAACCUCAUGCAGGAGUGCUUCAUCAAAAUCAGUGCUGCCUACGGCUCCACCAAGGACAUCUCCGUCUACAGCGUGCUGGGCCUGCCAGCCUCCCAGAUCUUCAUUGUGGGCCGGCCCACCAAGAAGUACCAAACCCAGUGCCAGUUCCUGAGCGAAGGCUAUGCUGCACACCUGGCCACGCUGGAGGCCAGCCACCGCUCACGCCCCAAGAAGAACAACUCGCGCAUGAUCCUGCGCAAGGGCAGCUUUGGCCUGCACGCGCAGCCUGAGUUCCUGCGUAAGCGCAACCACCUGCGCAGGACACUGUCGGUGCAGCAGCCCGACCCACCGGCUGCCACCCCCAAGCCCGAGCGGGCCCAGAGCCAGCCCGAGUCUGACAAGGACCACGAGCGGCCGCUGCCUGCCCUCAGCUGGGCACGUGGGCCCCCCAAGUUCGAGUCGGUGCCCUGAGGGGCAGGCGGUGCUCAGAGCAGGGGGGCGACCAGGCUGCCUGCAGGGACGGGAGGGCUGCCUUCUCCCCGACACAGGCGUUUUCCUGCUUUUUCCCUCCCGUGUCUGUCCAGCCAUGUCCAAUCAGAGUAGGGAGGGACCCUUCUGGCCUUGGGAGAGCUCCGGAGCUGUGACCGGGUGAAAUCCCUGGUUCUCAGAGCCUCCGCCGCCGCCGCCUCCCCAUGCAGGGACGGCGAGCCCUAGUCAGGGCUGAUGUUUGUGUCAUCCUGGGGACAGGCCAGCUGGAGCCCACAGUUCCGGCAGAGUCAGGCAUCUUUCAGAAUCCCCAGUCUUCCGCGGCCAGGCGAGGUGAGCUCUGUGUGGAGAAGGCCCUAGUGGGGGGACCAACAGCCGCUGGCAGGUGCUGCCUCUUGGCUGUCUUGUGGAGGAGUGAGUGGCAUUUUAUGCCCACUCUCCUUGUGACAUCCCCCAAUCACCGCUUCCAGGUUGACACUUAUGACAAAGUGGUCACUUUCUGGGAGUGAGAGGACGUCCCCUAGGUUCAUCCUCAUGUGCGUGGUGUCUGUCCACAGCCCUGGGGCCGGGUCUGGUGCUGGUGUCCACCUGCAGCUGUCUUGUGCCCCUUACCAUUGUCCUCAGUAACCUCACCAUCCUCUGGUGGCCCUUGAGGACAGAUUCAUCUUCCAGGAUCCCUGCCUUGUGCCCUCCCCUGGGAGAGGCUGCAGACUUGGGUUCUGGCCCAGGUGGGCUGGCUGUGUGCCUGUGAGUCUGUUGCUUGCCCUCUCUGGACCCAGUUUUCCAUCUGUAAAUUGGAGGGGGUCCAGGCCCCAGCUGAGGUAGGUGUAAGUUUUUGACUCAUAGGCAGCCCUGAACCUCUGACCCUGAGUCUUCAGCGUGCAGGCUAACAGGCCCUUUGCACACAGCUUUGCUGAAAGGUUCUGCUUCAGAGAAAGUCUGCUCCAUGGAGAGCCACAGCAGGGCUGCUUUGCUCUGAUGCUAAAAUGGGUAUCCCAGGGACAGAGCCCUCCCUGGAGGAUACUGAUCUGGCUCCUCCACCCCCAGCUCUGCUCAGACCCAUUCCCCUGUUGCUUUCUGGAAACCGUAGAGUUGAGAUACCCGGGUUCUGGGGACUUCUUGGAAUUUUGGCCCAAGCUGUUGUAUCCUUUCCCUUCCAGCUACCACAUAGCUUGGUUUGAGCCUCUAAGUGGGCAGCACCCUGAGGGUGGCAGGGCUUGGCUCUCCUGGGGCCCCUCAAAGUCUGCCUAGGUCCUCCUGCUACUGAGCCCCUGGCCCAGGCUCGCACCUGUGAUGGAGCUGCCCUGGGCUGCCUCUGUGCCCCCAUGGGCUGCUUCUGAGGCCAGCCCUAGCUGUUAGCAGGCCACCCCAGGGCCAGACAUCUGUAUACACAGCAGGCGCCUGUGUGAGCUCAGUGUCGCUUCUGCUCAAUGUCUACCUCUUGCAGCUCCCCUGCAGUCCAUGGUGGCUGCUCCUGGGGGCAGUUGGCACCGUUGUUGUAAAUCACCUUGGCAACCUGGGCACCCUGCUGGGGCUGGAGGGGUCUGGGCUCUAAGCCCCCACCCCUGCACUUUUUCCAGCCCACCAGUUACUGCCACCUUUGCCCGACCCAUCUGCCAGCUCUUGUAAUCUACUUUCAGCACUGCGUCCUGUGUCCAAGCCCCAUGAGGAUGCUAGGGAGCUGGGGAUCAGCUUGUCUUCUCUGGUCCUGGCUCCAGCGGGCAGUUUGCACGGGCUCAUCCCCCUUUAACAGAGCAUCAUUCCUGGCUCUCUCUUGGCACCAGCUCAUACGGCAUAGCACUUCACUCCUAACCCUUUCUGCUCCUUCCCCCCUCCAAAAAAAAAAAAUCUUGAUUUAAACAUGGCAGAGUUAUUUUCUAAUUUUCCGAGGCUCUGUCAUUUCAUUUUGGCAGAAGUCACUGAUAUGUUACUUUUAAAUGAUGAGCUAAUUAGUGUGAGAUCCUUUUCCUCAGUUAGAUUCCCUCCUCCCUUUCAGAGAACCCCAGGCUGGGGAGUGGGGGUGGGUGGGAGUGAGGGCAUACGGCUGUGAGCUGGGAUCCUCAGGGAGCUUAGAAUAAGUGGCUGGGGCUGUUUCUGGGGUUAGAACUGAGACACAGGACCCAGCAGGAGGGCUGUUGUUCCCCCUUGCUUUGCUGGAACCCUCUACUGGGACUUUGCUAGCUCCCACACAAGAUGCUCACAGUGUACAGGGAUAUAUUGUGAACACAACACCCUUGGAGCUAUAGUUGGUGUGUGUGAAUGCCUGUCCUUGCAGUUCUGUUUAGUGAUGAGACUACCUAUGUCUCAGUAUUGCCUUUUUGACAACUGUGUCCCCCAUAUGCACUUUCUGUACUAGUGGUGUGUUCAAUUUUGUCUGUCAAGUCAGAGACAAAAAGAACCGAGUCCCGUUGUUCUCUGGAGGGCUGCGGUUGCCUCUUCUCCAGUAGUUCUGUGAUCCCUUAAUCCAGCUGUUUUUAGACUCUUUCUAGCUCCUGGUGUGCCUGCUAUCCUGCAGCUGGAAAACAGAUCUUCCCCCUGACCAAAGCUCCUUGUUUUUCAUGUGGCAUGUUUGUUCUUCCCCACCCAGUGGCUACGCUGGCCAAGGGCCUGCCCGCCACCGCCUGCCUUCCUCACUUACGUGCCCUCUUGGGGGUUCAGGGUGCAAAUCUUUUGCCAGGGCCUGCUCUUCCAGCAUCAUGGUUUUCCCCCUAAAGAUCUUGACUCCUCUCUAAAGCACCACAAAAUAUUAAAAAAAAAAAAAUAAGAAGUUCCUUUGUAUGUUCAGAUGAAUGACCUUCCUGUCUGGGUGCUGGCCACAGCAACUGCGUCUGAAUUCCAGCAUUACCCAGACUGUUUGGGGCGGCUCUCUGAAGGAGCGGGAGGCAGGAUCUUAGGGUUUCUAAACUGCACUUUUUUUUCACUCUGAAGCCCAGACUUGUGCCCCAGAAGUGUCCAGUAGACCAAACACCCACUAUGUGAAAUCAGAUUCCACCCGAGGCAGGUAGACCUGGGCCAGUGGUGGCACCAGUUUCCACCUGGUUCAGGUGCAGCCCUGCCUAGGAGGAGAGUGCUGACUGGGAAGGAGCCUUGCAGUUGACCCUGCCUUAAACAACCGACUUUCCAGCUGAAUCCCAGGGGGUUUGGGUGUCAAGCGCUCUGGAAACCUAUUUUUCUUUAGCUCAGUCAAAAGCCUCCGCGUAUCCUCUUGGGCUUGGGGGAAUUUUCAAAGUCCCAAUCAGGGUUAAGUCCAAGCAAUGAGGCCUGGCUGGGUUCUGUUCUCCUUGCUAAGAAACCAACAGGAUGUUUGGCAGGAUAAUCAAGAAUUCAACUUUAGUCUUUGGGACACAGCAGAGGCAGGUGACACCAAGGAGUGACAGGCCACAGAAGGGUGGCUUAUGCAUGGGGACCCCCACCGUCGGAUCCCACUGUCCCUUUCUGUUUGUUUACUCAGUGGUGGCAGCCAGUCUGACCUUGUCUGUGGUCUGACUGUUCCUAAGUGUGUACCUUUCAGUAUUAUCUGUGAUAGAUGGUUCUGUGCUGGAAAAGGUUUAUUAUAUUCCUACGGCUGCCUUGUACAAAAUCCGUUAGAAAAAAAAACAUGUAAAAUAUCAGAUUUCUAACAAGACAAAUACCGCAUUAUGGAGUUAAAAGAUUUUUACAAUUGGUCUUGAUUUCGA